AUGCUCUCUACUGACAUUGGCGGAUCAGCAUCUCCGGCACCGGCACUACUCCCAUCUGAUCGUCCGCCGGAUUCUCACAGCCCGCCGGCUGCUAAAGAAUCUUCUUCCAUAGCUUUUCACACGAUUCAGGCUAGUAGUUCGUCGAUUAUGGCUAUUGAUUCUUCUCAUUUGAAUUUGCAGGAACAGGAGAUUCAUAUGACGGCGACGGGGCCGUUAUCGGGACAAACACCAGGGUCGGCCUCCGGGAUGGCUCUGUCGUAUGCUAAAGCAGCCAUGGGGAUGCCGCAAUCGGCGGCUAUCCCGAGUCAGGCGAUCCAGUGGACACCGGUGGGUGAGCAUGAUCUUGUGACAGGAGAUCGGAACGGGGAACCGGCCCUAACAAUUUCAGCGGAGUUCAAAGCAAAGAUUUGCGCACCAUGGCAGAGGACACUCGUGAUUCGUCUUCUUGGGUUGCGGAUUGGAUUUAUUGCUUUGUGCAAUCGCCUGAAGAGUCUUUGGCGGCCGGUUGGAGCUAUGGAGGUUAAGGACCUGGAUCAUGAUUGCUUCAUUGUGAAAUUGGAUAACGAGCAGGACUACUUCCGAGCUCUGACCGAUGGACCGUGGGUGAUUUAUGACCAUUACUUGGUCGUGCAACAAUGGACGCCAAAGUUCAAAGCUUCGGACCCACUUCCGAAGACCAUGAUCGUUUGGGUUCAGUUUCCGGCCCUGAAAAUUCACUUCUACCAUAAGGAGGUCCUAACUACGUUGGGCAAUCUCAUCGGUCGGACUAUCAAACUGGAUUAUCAUACUCUCACGCAGCAAAGAGCUAAGUUUGCUCGCAUAGCAGUGGAAGUUGACAUUUCGAGGCCUCUAGUUCCGAGAAUCUGGCUAGACGAUGAGUGGCAGAAGGUCGAGUACGAAAAUCUGCCGGAGGUGUGCUUCAAGUGUGGGAAGAUAGGGCAUCGCUCCGGUUCUUGCCCGAGGAAUGCUACCGGAGUCUCUUCGGCUCUGGUGGAGGCCGCCGGUGAUCUGUCGGUGGCCAGCUCCUCGCCGCCGCCGGAGGAACCCAAUCAGGGGUUCGGGCCGUGGAUGCUGGUAACAAGGAAAGCACGGCGUAAUUCAAGGGACAUUAAUCGGAAAGGAAAGUCGGAGCAUGAGACAGGGACUCAGAUUGCGACUUCAAACGGUAAAGCUGGAAAUCCGGAAUUGAUAUUUAGGGAAGGGAAUCACUCCUUACCUUCCACGAACACUCCCAGCGGCGCCUCUCUGCAGCGGAGCCCAAGCCAAGAAAGGAAAGCGGCCAUCGGGAAGAAGAGCGGGGAGGAGGCCAAGAAAGGGAAGGAAAAGAUGGUUAAGGAGCCUGGGGGGAAAGGAAAAGGCCUGCUUGGGCCGGGGCCCAGUUCGGGUCCCCUUGAGACAGCUGGGCCGAAGCUUGUGCUUAAGGAGGGGACUCAGUCAAAGCCUCAGCAACAGACUAUGUCAAGUGGAUCUGGAAGUUCUAAGGGGCCUCAAGACCAUCAGGAGUUUUCGGGCUCCCCUCCUCAGCCACCCUUAUUUCAUACUAUAGUGGGCCCAAAUGGAACUGUGAUGAACAUUGUGGAGAGCUCGCCAACAGAGAGUGGCGACCAAACAUCAGGUUCCAACCCAUCUUUAUCGACAAGAACGAAGCAGAGUAAGAACAAGAAAGCGCAUGGGAAGAAGAAGUCGCCCAGCAAGCUUAAUCCGGCAAAACCCCUCCAAAUUUGGUCACCGGUUAAAGAAAGAAAACCAAAAUCUAAAGCUCGAAUGGCGUCGUUGACACUACAAGAAAUCCAUGCCUGGACUGAGGCAGCAAAACUGCCGAAGAGGGAUGAGAAGGCGACGGAUGUCGUUGAGUCGGCCGGCCGUCCAAACCCAGCGAGCGGCCCGGACGAAGCGGUGGCCGCCAGCGAGUGA